AUGUCGCGCCCGGAGCUACACAAUAUGGAUUCCAUGGGUUCGGAUCCUCCAGAUCCAGAUUCAGUGCUUUCAGAACCUCCAGAUAUCAGAAACUGGUUUACAAGCUACGUAUAUGACUCCCCCGAGCUGAAUACAUUGGAUGGGUUGCAAGAUUUUCAUGGGCCUAGAGAAACUUGCCUCGAGGAAGGAAAGAAAGGGAAAUCCGGAGAAAAUUCAGUGUCAGUUGAAUCAACUGAUGGCUUGGUUUCUGCAGGCAGGGAGCUGUUGGGUAAAGCUAUCGAUUGUGGAAAAUCGGAUGAACUCGAACACGUCAAAUUAGCUGCGACGGUUGCAGGAUCAUCAGAAUCGCUGUCGUUUUCUUCAGAGCCUCCUGACAUUAAGAACUGGUUCUCGAGCUAUUUCUAUGAGUCGUCACCGCUGGACACAACUCGUGAUUUUACAGUAUCUGAUUAUAAAGUGAAGGAAGAUGGUGAAGUAUAUAAUGCUCAAAGGAACCCCAAAAAUGAUAACUGUGGUGUUCUGGACUUCAUUGAUGUUAAAGGAAGUAUAGAGCUGCCCAAUCAAAGUAGAGCCUCAUGUGUGGUUGUCAAAUGCACCAAUUUGGUCGAAGAUUGCAAAGUGGACUAUAAACCACUUGACAAGGUAUUAUCCCAUCCCCAACGUUUGUGUCUGCUGUGUCUUUUAUGA